AUGGAGAUGGACUCAAGGCAGUGGAACUACAAGCUAUCCUUAUUCCUUCUUCCCAUCCCUCCCCCACCCCCUCUCUCUCUCUCUCUCUCUCUCUCUCUCUCUCUCCCCCCUGCAUGUCUGCAAUGGAAUCAAGCGAGCCUGAAAAAUGAGAUAGACCAUGAAUUCCUUCCCUACGUUUGGGUAUACAAAUGCGGACGCGUAGAAAGGCUUGUACACACCAAUUUUAUUCCACCCUCCCUCGAUCCCCAAACUGGUGUUUCAUCCAUGUCGACCACUGAGCGAUUUCUCAAUGCAACAGGAGGCUUUUACGUUGGCUCUCCCUUCACUUCCAAACACCACCACCUCUUGAACUCCAUAGUCACUGAGGCAAACGUUGUUGUUGUCUCUAUAGACUAUAGACUUGCCCCAGAGCAUCCCAUCCUAGUAUGCUAUGAUGAUUCUUGGGUUGCUCUACAAUGGGCUCUUUCCCACUCUCCGGGUCAGAGAGAUGAGGAGGACCAAACCGAACCAUGGCUGACGAACCACGCAGACUUUAAUCGGGUUUUCUUGGCUGGUGACAGUGCUGGUGCCAAUAUCGCCCAUGACUUGGCUAUAAGAGUGAAGGCUGAGCUGGGUGUGGAACUUUUUGGACUUGCUCUGCUCCACCCUUUUUUCUGGAGGUCAGAGCCCAUAGGGUCCGAGUCUACAGAGCCCAACAAAAAUGUGUUUGUGGCCUGGAUCUGGCCUUAUGUGUGUCCAUCGAACCAUGAUAAUGAUGACCUAAGGAUCAACCCGACGGCAGCCAAUGGUCCGAGCCUGGUGGGGCUUGGGUGCAGUCGCGUGCUUGUGUUUGUGGCUGAGAAGGAUAUUUUGAGAGAUAGAGGGUGGCUUUACUAUGAAGUAUUGGCUAGGUGCGGGUGGAUGGGAGUUGUGGAGAUUAUAGAGACAGAAGAGGAGAACCACGUCUUCUUUGUCCAUAAACCAGAAUCCGAGAAAGCUAGGGACUUGGUUACACACUUGGCUCUCUUCUUGAAUCUGGAAAGGCCGCCCUUAGCAUGACCAUCGUUUUAAUUAAUUAAAC